ACAGCCUGCGGCUUUUGAAACCACAGGGCGAGUAAUCAGCUCUUACUAAGAGUCAGUGCUUAUGCCUCAGGAAGAACUGUCUCUAGGGAUGGAUACCCCGCCCCCUGAAGAGCCCUUAGAAAAGCAAUAUCGAAAACUCAAAACCCAGGAAGAAGACAUGGGGUUUAAGGAAAUGGACGGUCUGAGGGAAGCCUUGGCAAACCUCCGGGGACUCUCCGAGGAGGAGAAAGGCGAGAAGGCGAUGCUCUGCUCCAGGAUUCAGGAGCAGUCCAAGCUGAUCUGCAUCCUGAAGCGGAGAUCCGACGAGGCCCUGGAGCGCUGCCAGAUCCUGGAGCUGCUGAACACCGAACUGGAGGAGAAGAGGUCGCAGGACGCCGAGAAGAUGAAGGCCCAGACCGAGCUCGUCCAGAAGCUGGAAGAUCGCUUUAUGACCCUGGCAGCCAACCACGAGUUGAUGAUCCGCUUCAAGGACGAACACAAGAGCGAGAACGUCAAGCUGAGGGAGGAGAACCAGAAGCUGACGCUGGAGAACAGGAACCUCUUCAGCCAGGCUCUGAAGGACCAGGAGAAUAAGGUCGUGCAGCUCACCGCGCAGAACAGGGCCCUCGCCGAGGAGCUGCAGGCGGUGAAACAGCAGUGUGCCCAGGAUGCCAGCCAGGCCCAGGCCCGGGAGAAGAAGCUGCUGGAGAUGCAGAACCAGCAGGCCAGCGCCCAUGCCCAGGAGACAGAGCAGCUACGUGGCCAGCUGCAGAGCCUCAAACAGCAGCACCAGCAGGACAUGGAGCAGAUGGCCAAGGCCCAAGAGGCACAUAGCAGCCAGAGCCAGGAGCUGCAGGCCAGGCUGCAGACCAUCACUCACGAGAAAGAGGAGCUGCUGCAGCUCUCCAUGGAGAGGGGCAAGGUGCUUCAGAGCAAGCAAGCGGAGAUCCACCAGCUGGAGGAAAAGCUGGAGACAGCCACUGUGGCCAGGAAGCAGGCGCUGGAGCGCUUCGAGCAAGAAGCCAUGGCGGUGGACAGCAACUUGAGAGUCCAGGAGCUGCAGCGCCGGGUGGACUGUAUCCAAAAGGCCUACAAUGAACUCCAGCUACAAUCGGAAGCCUUCAGAAAGCACAGCUUGGAUCUCUUGAGCAAGGAGAGAGAACUCAAUGCCAAACUCCGCCAUCUCUUUCCCUAAGGAAAAGUCUGCUUUGGUCUCCAUUUCCUAACUCAGUGUUUGUGCCCAGCAUUAUGGCCAGAGCAAAGAUAUUAUCCCAAUUAUUAUACUUUUAUGUACAUAAGGCAACUCAAAGAAAAGCCACUUUACUAUGGCGCUGAUUUUGUGGCUGUUGUAAAGCUUAAUUUUAAGUUCGGCAACCUAGAAUACAUACAGAUUUACCAGAGUUCUUGCUGUUCCUUUGAGAUUUUCUUAACUUUUUUUUUAUUUUUGCCAGUAUCUUCCCUUUAUAACUUACUCAUUCCCAACCUCAGAUGCCUUCAAAUGCUUUAAUUUAGCAGUUUCUAUGAGUUAAAGGUAUCUGAAAUGAAUGUGCUAUUGUCACAAAAGUGGCAAAGCUCACCUUUGUAGCUGGUUAGGCUUAUAAAGCCUCACUGGUACUCAGGGCUAUGAGCAAACAUAUCAGCAUAGUAACAUGAACAUUUUGCAGAAAAAAAGUUUGUUUUUAUUUUCUUUCAAUUACCUUAGUAAACAAAAAUUUUGAUAAUUUAUUUAGCCAAAAAGGUAGCUUCAUUGCAGUCAUUUCACUGAGCCACAAACUUCAAAUUAACUAAGCCAACCAAUGGUAAUUUUUCUUGCAAGUUUAGCUUAUAUUCCACUUUAUUGUUUUCUUAAUAAAGACAGGACUUACAUAUACUGUAAUGAAAAUAUCAGUAUUUCACUUACUAUUUUACAGUUUGUCAAUAGACAA